AUGACAUACUUUAAUGGCAGUCAAAGGUACCAAAACUACAUACUGUUUUAUAGUGGAGUCGACAAGAACUUGCGAGCACGAGGAGGAGUAGGGUUACUAGUGAAUAAAAAAUUUGAAAAAGAUAUUAAGGAAGUACAGUAUAUAAGUCAUAGCAUCAUACAGAUAACAGUAGAGCUGGCCAACGAAAGAACACACCUACUAAGUAUAUAUGCACCGGAUGUAAGCAAACCGAAAGAAGAAAGGAAAGCUUUUUUUGAUGCCUUGCAAGCUACGUUAGACAAAAUACCCAGUAAAGACAAAGUGUUUAUUAUGGGCGACUUUAACUCAAGAAUUGGAAACACAGUUAUCCUAGGAAUCAUGCAUAGUUUCAACGAAGAAGCAGUGAAUGAUAACGGAGAUAUAUUGAUAGAUGUAUGCGCCCUCAACGAAUUACGUAUCAACAACACAUAUUUUGAUCAUAAGGAACAACAAAAGUACACCUUCGCUAACACGAGAGGCAAAAAAUCAACUAUUGACUACAUAAUUACAAACAGGAAAGUCCACCCCUCCCAGAUACUUGACGUACGGGUAUUAACAUCGGCAAAUAUCGUCACACAACACGGUUUAGUAUUGUGUAAAUACCGCGUAUCCCACAUAAUAAAGAAAAGAAAAACACAGACUCCGCGAAAAAAUUGUCCAAAACCUUAUAAAAGAAACCGACAACGUAGAAGCCGCCUGGGAGAAACUAAAGAAUAA